AUGGCAGCCGGCCGGGCGUCCUUGGUGGCGCUUGAGCUUCAGUUUCAGGUGAAAAAUAAGCUUUUGUCAAAUUCAGCUCUUCUUAAUAUUGCCAGCUGUAUGAGAAGAGAGUUUGCUGCCGAUGUGCUGUCUAAAACUAUUGAAGAGCCCAACUCAACGACUUCUCCAAACGGUAGUUUUAGUGGACCUCUGGCACAUUACAACAGUCUGAUCAGAGAUGGAGUUCUGCGAGAAGAUCAGCAUCAAAAGGCUGUUAUGGAAAAACUGGAUCAGAUGCAAAAGAAUAUUCGAGGGUACAGCAAUGAGCACUCAUCCAUUUUCUCAAAGUUUUUCUCCAGGCAAAAGCCACCAAAAGGUUACUACAUAUACGGUGAUGUUGGUACAGGGAAAACGAUGGUUAUGGACAUGUUUUACGAUCAUGUAGAGACUCCGAAGAAGAAAAGGGUUCAUUUCCAUGGAUUCAUGUUGGACGUUCAUAAACGAAUUCAUCGGCUCAAGCAGAGUCUGCCCAAGAGAAAAGUGGGUAAAAUGGCAAAAGCGUAUGAUCCUAUAUCACCGGUGGCAGAAGAGAUCAGCGAGGAGGCUUGUCUUCUGUGCUUUGAUGAGUUUCAGGUCACUGAUAUCGCCGAUGCCAUGAUUCUGAAGCGGCUCUUUGAGAAUCUCUUUCUGAACGGGGUCGUAGUGGUGGCCACAUCUAAUCGACCUCCAGAUGAUUUGUACAAAAAUGGAUUACAGAGGGUGAACUUUGUGCCAUUCAUUGCUGUGUUAAAGCAUUAUUGCCUCACGCUGCGUCUGGAUUCUGGAAUAGAUUACCGGAGAAGAAAUCGCCCUGCAACAGGAAAACUCUUCUACCUCUCCAGUGAGCCUGAUGUUGAUGCAGCUCUUGAUAAACUGUUUGAUGAACUGGCCUUCAAGCAGAAUGACAUUACUCGGCCCAGAACUCUGAAGGUUCAUGGCAGGACACUGACGCUUUACAAGGCUUGUGGGACCAUGGCCGACUGUACAUUUGAAGAGCUCUGUGACCAGCCCAAAGGAGCCAGUGACUACCUGGAGAUCUCCUCUGUGUUUGACACGGUGUUCAUUCGUAACAUUCCUCUGCUCACUUUAAAUAAGAAGACACAGGCCAGACGCUUCAUAACCCUUAUUGACGCACUCUACGAGCACAAGGUUCGAGUGGUGCUGCAAGCGGAAGCUCCGUUAGAUGAGCUGUUUGUUCAAGACGACCAUCAUGACGAUCAUCACGACACACACGUGCUGCUGGAUGAUUUGGGCAUUUCAAGGGAUGGAGGCAGCUCGCUGGCCAUCUUCACGGGUGAGGAGGAGGUGUUUGCCUUCAAGAGAACAUUUUCUCGCCUUACUGAGAUGCAGACAGAGGAGUACUGGCUCAAGGGGGAACGGAGCUCUAAGUAGCUUUUAUCAUUAUCCACUCCACGCACGGCGGCCAUCUCAGCUAUCACAGGACUCACGAGGUGUUGGGAUCAACUCCAUUUGAUUGGAUUCAGAACUCUUGUUAUGCUGCUGCACUUAAGAACAAUAAGAACAAGCUUCUGUUCUCAGAUUCGUUCUAGGGAUGUUGAAAGGUUCUCGGGAUUUGCCAAAGAUGUAUUUUAAAAUAAGGCCUUUUACAUUGUUGUUCUGAUAUAUUUUAUUGACACCUCCAUAACGGUUAAGCAGGUGAGAAGAUGAUGUCGGCAUCAAAUUUCAAGGACGGCUUUGUUCUGAUGUUUUUUCAGAGAUAAGAUACUUGGUAUCUGAUUGUUGUCUUAUUUUUUGUAUGUGAUUUGUGUUUCUGUCUGUAAGAUAUAACAAGAGAAUGAGAGUUAUUUA